CAACUGCAAAACACUCUGACCAUUCAAAAGCCAUGCGAGAAAUCAUUUGCCAAUACCAUUGGAUGGCACACAAAAGGUAAAUGAGGUAGAUGAUGCUCCUUAUCAAUGAUGCGUGAGGCUGCAGUUGCUCAUGCGGGGUUCACAUCUGCAUCUCAAUCGCCAAGCCACGACGUCGCAUUCAAGAUUUCUUGAGACACAAAGCUCUCUUAUCUUUCCCUUUAUCUUAUGUUGUAAACGGCCGAAUACUUUUUCUCAUUACUUGUCACUAUGAAGCUGUUCAUUAAUAUAGUUCUUGGAGCUAUCCUCUCCGAGAUUGUCUCGGCGAUAACUUGCAACCUCAAGCCGACCUAUCCUACACCUUCAACCUCCGAUGGCUGGCAAGCUCAGCUCGUGGCCAACGAGUUAACUUCUCCGAGAAGUAUACUCUUUGACGGUAGUGGAAAUCUGCUGGUUGUGCAAUCUGGGGCUGGAAUUGUGCAUCUAGCGUUCGAUGAUGGUGGCAGUACAUGUUUAGACGUCUCCAAGAAGACCUUCUUAGUGAAUUCUACAGAACUGAACCACGGAAUAGCACUCUCAAACGACGGUAAAACACUCUACGCCUCCUCCUCCGAAGCAGUCUAUUCCUGGUCCUACGACGCCUCCGCCAUCAGUGUCAGUACCACAAACCAAACUCUGGUAACAGGCAUGACAAACGACGACCACACAACCCGCACCCUCUUGAUGUCCCAGAAAUCCCCCGGCACCCUCCUCAUCAGCCGAGGCAGUACAUCGAACAUCGACCCCGAAGCCGCUCUGCUAAGCUCCGGCCACUCGCAAAUCAAAGCCUUCAACACUUCCAACCUAACAAAGACCUCCACCCCCUACGAUUUCAAUACCCAAGGCCUCCUCCUCGGCUGGGGGUUGCGAAACUCGGUCGGAGUCGCCGAAGAACCGCUCACAGGCGGUAUAUACAGCGUCGAGAACUCUGCGGAUGAAAUAGACCGCGAUGGGGUCGAUAUCCACGAGAACAACCCUGGGGAGGAGAUGAAUUUCCACGGGUUCUUAAACGGGAGUACGCAGGAUCAAGGCGGCAAUUACGGAUACCCGGCUUGUUUUGCGUUGUGGAAUACGAGUAUACCUGAUCUGGGGAGCUUGGUGGUGGGAGAUCAGUUUACGUUGCAGCAGAAUGCUACGUUUAAUGAUUCGACGUGUAAUGAGGAGAGGGUUGCUCCGAGGUUGACGUUUCAGGCUCAUAUGGCGCCGUUGGAUAUCGUGUUUUUGGAGAAUGGGACGGAGGCUUAUAUCUCUUUCCAUGGAUCUUGGGACCGAACAAACCCCAUCGGCUACAAAGUUUCCUCUGUCUCCUUCUCGACCGGCGAACCAACAGCAGCGAAAGAUAGCACGAAUAGCACCGUCGAUAUCUUUGCGAACAAGGAUAAUUCGCAGUGUCCGGAUGGGUGCUUUAGACCGGUGGGCUUGGCGGUUGAUGGGAAGGGCAGGUUGUGGGUUUCGAGUGAUGCUACGGGGGAGUUGUAUGUUUUAGCAAGGACGAGUACGGCGACGGCUACGAGUUCUGGGGCGAGUCCGUCGGCUACGAAGAAAGGGAUGGGUAUGAAAGUGGAGAUGGGGGAUAGAGGGUUGUGGGUGGUUGUUUUAUUGAUGAGUUUGGGGUUUGGGUUGGGGAUGAUGUAGAAUUCCAUUCGCUCUUCUUUGGAACGUGAUAGAGUGAGACUCCUCCUACUGAGGCAGAAAGUUUUGCGUUCACUUGACGGAAAACGAGACUAUCCUAUCAAGUCACUACAUUGUACAGUAAUAGCUCCCACAAAAGGUAACAUCUGAUUUAGUCCUGUAAU